GAGACUAAGACCGGAGCUGAACCAGUGCCUGCCAAACCAAUGCCCAUGCAGGUGAUGGUGGGUUCUGGCGGCAACGGAAAGACGCGGACGGCAAUGCACCGCGCCGAUUGGGUUCGAGAAAACGUGGCAAAAAGAAAAAAAGAAGUUUUAGUGCUGGGCGAGGAGACGCGUAAGUUACGCGUAUUGGUAUUACGUCGUUUCCGGGUUUGGUUCCUGUACUGGUAUUUUACAGCCUUUUUUCUUUUUCUUGUUUCGUCUGGAAGCAUCUGGGCGAUAAUCUAUGGAGUACUCCAGAUAGUUAGAUCAGUAUUAAAUGAUAAUCAGUACAGCAUCAAAGCACCCCUCGCCAGCAUGUGAUUGAUAGGAUUGUGAAACAGUGACUGUGCAAUCCCAGUCUGCUUGCAGAGCAUCCUGCACCACAGUGAGCGAUCCAGUUGCCUUCUGUUACAAUCCUGGUGUGGUGAAGAUGUCAUUACAUAGAAGUAGAAGGAGGGGAAGAUCCGACUUGCAAGGCACCGAGUCAUCGAGGGUUUAGCACGAACCGAGGCCAGUCAGCGAUGCUAAAAUGCUUGGAAGGGGGGCAAAGCAAAGGGCAAAAAGAGGGGGUAAAACGGCACGAUCCUUGCAAGACAACGUUGGGGCGCCUAGUCAGCUUCACUUGACGAGUAGUUAGUAGAAUAAAAUAACAUCGCAGGGAUUCUAUCAGGAAAGUGGAGAGAG